UACUUUCUCAGCAACCCAUGUUGUUGUUGGGCUGUUGUGGCUUUUGUAUGGGUUUUUGACUUUUUGUGUUGAUUGACGGUGGUUUGAGUUGAUAUGGCAGGGAGAGGACUGGGGCGUGGGUUAGCAGGCUUAGGCCGAGGGAGAGGAGCAUUAAAAGCACCUGGAACAAUCAAGAAAGAAGAUGGCUACACGUUAGAAAAACUUAUGUCAGAAUUUUGCUACAUGGCCUUGGGGAGGAAAGAUGACACUGAAGUUUCCAAAGUGGUGGAAAUUGUCAAGAAAUAUUCUACCACAGGCAGUAAACUGAAAGAGUUUGCAACAGCACUUCACGAGCGCUGUGUUAAUGAAGCUGACAUGAUCACAGGAGCUGCUCUUCUGUCUCAGUCACUUGGAAGCUUGGAGGUUGACGAUGUAAAGUUUAGGAAUAUUUUAUUACAACAAUUACAACAUGAUUUUAAAGGCAAGGAGGCAAUGCGCAAGGAGAACUGCAUGUUGUUCACGAACAGCUUCCUGUUGCUCUGCGAGGUGUUCUCUGUGCUGCGCGUCGCCGGCGCGCCGACCCCCGUUCUCGCCACGCCCAUCCUCACAUGGCUCCACCUGAUGGUCGACGCCGAUGCGGUCGACCACGAGGUGGCGCUGGCCGACGCGCAGUUGUCGAAACUGGGAAAGCAACUGCAACAGUAUAUGAGCAAUGGCAAGCGGCUUGACGCGUUAAUGCAGACAGUUCGCGAGCGGCUAUUAGCCAAGAACACGACAACUGCCACCAGGUGUCACCUCCUGCACAUGCUGGAGCUACACACGCAUGGUUGGCAGCUGACAGACUGCGUCACACAGUUUUACACGCAGCAGUUUGAUGAAAUUGAGCGCGAGGUCAGGUGAUAGCUAGGAUACUUCCGACUGAUGCAUGUGGUUUUAUUAUUAUAUGCCAAGCGAUUCCGAUGGCAUUGCCCUGCGACAACGUUAGUUUAAUGAUAAAUUUUUUUAGUAUAUUACAUUUUAUUAUUUUAUUUCAAGCGUAGCAUGGGCAUUGUAAAUUUAGUCUUUUUACUUUUUUAAUAUGUCUGUAGAUUUUUAAUAUAUAUUUAGUUUACUGGUUACAGCGUUAUUGUGUUGUCAUUGUUUUAAAUGUCAAGUGAAAAAUCUGUAGCAAAUAUGUGGCCUGUCUUGUGUUAAUACAAUAUUGUGUAUAUUAUAUCUGACAACACGAAUGUAUUAAAAAGACAUUUGUAUAUAUUUUUUGAAAAAAUAGCUACCUAUCAACAUACUGAAACUAUUCGAUGAUGUAAGUAUAGCUGACAUAAUCACGUUUCAUUAUACUUGCCGAGCUGUAAGAAAAAA